CAGUUCCCAAAUCACCAGUUAAUUCGAAGUUCCGGACCAUGUUCUUCAACCCCAGUGCGGGAAGAGGACCUCUCCAGACACUGAGAUGACCAGUGUCGUGGGAUAUCUCCUAACAUCGCUCCGGACCUCGUUUUGCCUCGCGUAGUGCAGAAACUCGACGCGGCGUGGACUCAGAUGUCGUUGGAAGUCCCUUGCAGGAACACUGAGCCAUGCUGCCUCUAUAGAUAUCUACAAUGGUGAAGAGUACAGAACAGCAUGGAAACGCUCAACGAAACUCGACCACCGCCUCCAUCCUGGAUCAAUCAGGAGUUCAUAGAAUCUGUACUGAUAAAUAAAGUUGGAAAUCAAGCUUCUGUAGAUUCAAUUAAAGUACAAUACGCUUGUCCACCAGGAACUGGAAUUACAAGUUUGUUGUUCAGAGUGACUGCUAUUCUGAAGGGCAAAGAUAAUGAACAAGAGGCUAAAAAGAAAUCACUGCUAGUGAAAACUGUUCUUGACUUUGGGCCAAUGAAGGACUUUCAGAAAAAUGACCAGGUGUUCAGAACAGAGACACAGAUGCUGUGUGAGGUGAUGCCACAGAUCCAGAAAAUGCUGGCAUCGUUGGAGGGUGAGGACUUCCGGCCGCUGACAGCUCGAUGCUACGACGGGGGUCAGCAGCCGGCACUCUUCCUUGUGCUGGAGGACCUGUCAGAGGGUGGCUUCAGGAUGGCUGAGGGGCAAAGUCUUCUGAACUAUCAACACUGCAAGGCGGUCCUGCGAGCGUACGCUAGAUUGCAUGCCGCCUCGGCCUUUCUACUCGACAAACAGCCCCAGUACAAGAGCGUGUUCAAUGAGCCUAUGUUUACAGACAAGCGUGCUCAGGACCAUUUCAGAGCAAUAGGGUCUAAAAUCAUGUCCGCACUGGCAGAUGAACUGAAUAAGUGUCCAGGGUAUGAAAAAUAUUCUGAAAAAUGCCGGGGAUUUAUGGACCGAUCUGCUAACAGUAUCUUCGAAGUACUUGAACGAAUGAAGGAGGAGACCAAGUUACCUGUGCUGGGCCAUGGUGACUGCUGGAAGAACAACUUUCUGUUUAAGUAUGUGGACGGUGAACUGUCAGAUGUCAGAAUUGUUGACUUUCAGGUAUCAUACGUGACCAGCCCAGCCUUGGACCUGCAGUACUUCUUGUACGCAAGCGCUAGUGAGGAGGUCCAUCGCCACCACAUGGAUGACCUUUUGGGCGACUACCACAACACGCUGGUGGACAUCCUACGGCGCCUGGGCAUGCAGGAGGAAGCUGAGGCCUUCACUCUAGAGGAGCUAAAGCGGGAAAUGGACCGCUGUCUAGUCGUAGGAUUUCUCUUCAGCACCAUGAGCAGCUUAGCUCUGGCGACUGAAAAGUACGGUGUAGAGUUUACGAAAUUGUUCAGUGACCCAGGACACGCCGAAGAAGCUUUCGGAAAGAUCUUCAAAAAUCCUUCUUCGUUAUCCUACAUGAAAUACCUGACACCAUUUUUUGAAAGUAAAGGAAUUUUAUGAACA